UCCAUAGAGCUGUACAAGCUAAAGAUCGCCAUUAUAUCAAGAAUCACAAGUCUAGCUAGCAAAUAUGAACUCCAACUUUACUAAAGCCUGCCUUGUUCUUGCGUUUGUGUUUCUGGUAGCUACGCAAUUCUUCGUCGAGGAAGUUGGCGCUGCUGGAGAAUGUGGAAGGACCCCGAUCAGGUCUGCGGCGACUAGCUUGAGCCCGUGCUUGAGUGCAGCCGGAAACGCGAGGGCUAAGGUUCCUCCAACUUGCUGCACCAAAGUUGGUGCCCUGGUAAAGGCUGCCCCGAAAUGCCUUUGUGCUGUUUUGUUGUCACCUUUGGCAAAGCAAGCUCGUAUAAAUCCUGCAAUUGCCAUCACUAUUCCAAAGAGAUGCAACAUCAGGAACCGACCUGUUGGAAAGAAGUGUGGAAGGUACGUUGUCCCAUAAACCACAAUCACAGAGAAAGGCUGGCUAGCAAUAAAUCCAAUAAUGUGAAACGAGAUUGGCAAAAAAAAAAAAAAAACCGUGUUAAAGUUGGAAUAAAAUGUAAUGAAGGGUCAUGUUAUAGUGAGCUAAUUGGUGACCUUUCAAGCAUACUCAUUGAGUUCAGUUUAUAUAUAUAUGUACUACUUAAUUAAUUCUAGUAUUAAUUAUUGCA